AUGCCGGCUAUCUACGAGCGCAUCUCGCAAGACCUGGUCGCGCAGGAACGCACCCUGUGGACGACCCUAACCUCGGCCGACCCGGCGCCGGAACUCGAGCGCUUCACCCACCCCGAGGGUGUCCUCCUAUUCCCCAAGAAGGACAUCAUUACCGUCGACAAACUCCAAGAGGCGUUCAGCAAGCCGUUCCAUCGAUUCGACGAGUACGAUUUGCAGGAUGUGCGGACGAUUGUGAUUGAUCUGAUGGCGGGCACUGUGACGUAUCGCAUCCGGGCCAGGCGUGACAACAACCACUACCACGCCACAGGCUCCUCGACCUGGGGGCAGGGCUCCGACGGCGAAUGGCGGUUGAUUUCGCACCAGGAGACGCUGCUGUGA